AUGAGAGAGUGUCCAGUUAGCUUUCAGCAAGGUAGUACAUCACAGGGGAUAUCUUUACAGUCUGGUGUUGGUAUUUCUAGACAAUAUCAGAACCGGGAGACGUUGGCAGGACGUCCUAAGGCUCAGGGAAGAGCUAUUGAUGUGACUCAGCACGAUGCUGAUGAGUCACCAAAUGUGGUCAUGGGUAUGUUAUUUAUUUUUGGUAGAAAUGCUCGUUCUCUAAUUGAUUCAGGUGCUACACAUUCCUUUAUUUCUCAUGCACUUGCUAACCAUGCUGAUCGGAUGUUUGAGCCUUUAGAUAGUGAAUUGGUAAUAGCGACUCCCGUAGGGGAUUCACUUUUAGCUAGUAGAGUAUAUAAAGAUUGUGGGAUUAGAGUGAACAACCAUGUAUUGAAAGCAGGUCUAAUUCCACUCAAUAUUCAUGAUUUUGAUAUUAUUUUGGGGAUUGACUUUCUGUAG